GGUGGGACUUUUUAUCCGACUUGACUACGUAAAUCACGAAUACCAACUGCGGAGUAUGGACAACUAAGAGGAAAAAAUUCACAAAACAUCUCCCCCGCUCCGUAGAACAACAAGCUUAUAAACUCGACAACCUAUCCAAGAUUUCAACUACACAUUCCCCCCCACCCCUCUCUCUAACCCCUCCCCUCGGCCCCUCACCCCAUUUCGACCCUUGCCUUUGCCGUCUUCACAUACCUAUUGUCCAGUUCACCAUGGCGGAAAAGCCUACACUGCGUUGGGGCAUCCUCGCCACGGGGAUGAUCUCCUCCUGGUUCGUCGCCGACCUCUCCCUCGACCGCCAGGACGCCCAGGCCAACCACGUCAUCCAAGCCAUCGGCUCCUCCUCGCUCGAGAAGGGCAAGGCCUUCGUGGCCGAGCACCUUCCGGGUAAGUCCCCCACCGUCUACGGCAGCUACGAGGAACUCUACGCGGACCCGGAAGUCGACAUCAUCUACAUCGGCACCCCGCACAGCUUCCACAAGCAAAACUGCCUCGACGCCAUCCGCCACGGCAAGAACGUCCUCUGCGAGAAGGCCUUCGCCCUGACCGCCCCCGAGGCCUGCGAGGUCCUCGACGCCGCGCGGGAGAAGGGUGUCUUCAUCAUGGAGGCCAUGUGGACGCGCUUCUUCCCCAUCGUGCGCGCCCUGCAGCAGAAGCUCCACGAGGAGAAAGCCAUCGGCGCCGUCCACCGCGCCUUUUGCGAUUUCUCCUUCGACAUGAAGAUCCCGUCCCUCGGCCCCGCGUCGCGCCUCAAGAACCCGGCCCUCGGCGCGGGUACCCUCCUCGACAUCGGCAUCUACAGCCUCACCUGGACCAUCCUGGGCCUGGAACCACCCCUGGGCCCCGCCCCGGCCCGCGCGGCCCCGGAGAAGACACCCAAGGUCGUGGCGGCCCAGUCGCUGGAUGACGGCGUCGACGUCGCUACCACCAUUGUCCUGCUCUACGAGGAUGGCAGGCAGGGCAUCGCUACCGCCCACGCCACCGUCAAGAGCCAGCGGGACUUUGCGAGGAUCGAGGGCAGCGAGGGUACCGUCAUCGUCGAGGGUGACGCUGCGGCCGUGCCGAGCUCUUUCAUCGUCAAGAAGCUCGACGGCGAGGAGAAGCGGUACGACUUCCCCCGCCCCGGUCGGGGAUUCUACUGGGAGGCGGAUGCGGUGGCGCUGGAUAUCGCUGCGGGGAGGAAAGAGAACGCCAUCAUGCCUUGGGCCGAGACCCUCCGUGUUAUGGAGAUCAUGGACGAGACGAGAAGACAAGGGGGUGCUCGGUUCCCCGUCGACAAGGAUUAGAUCAAAAAAAAAUAGAAACUCGUAUUUUUCUUCUUCUCAAGUGCCAGUCUGUCGCAUAAAGACCGACCGACAACCAAAAACACUGGCUAGCGCUAAAAAGGGAGUGAAUAUGUUGGGCAAACGAGUGCAGGUACAGGGACUUCGGCGUUGACGUAAGUGAAUGCGGAAGGAAGCCCGGGAAAGUGCAAGAAACGAACAAAAAUGUACGGAGAG